AGAGCAGGCACAGUUGAAGGCCAAUGUGGUGGAAGAGGACACCGAGGAGUGGCAGAGAGAUCCGAACUUUGCUGGGAAGGAAGGAAGUGUGGCAAGAGUGGGAGGUGUGGAUUUAUCCUAUAUCAAAGGAGAUGACACCAGUGCCUGUGCCUCCCUGGUGGUUCUCAGCUACCCAAGUCUCGAGGUGCUGUACGAGGAUUGCCGGAUGGUGACCGUCAGUGCUCCGUACGUGCCUGGAUUCUUGGCCUUCAGAGAGGUACCUGUCCUGGUGGAAGCUGUUCAGAGACUUCAGCAGGCGAGGCUCAAACGUGUGCUUCUGGUGGAUGGGAAUGGCUUGCUCCAUCCUAGAGGAUUUGGUGUGGCCUGUCACCUCGGUGUCCUGACAGAUCUGCCAUGCAUUGGAGUGGCCAAGAACCUCCUGCAGGUGGAUGGCUUGGUCAAGGAUGAGCUGCACAGAGAGCAGAUUCGUUCCCUGCAGAGGUCAGGAGAUGCAUUCCCACUGACAGGCACUUCGGGGAGAGUCCUGGGCAUGGUGCUGCGGAGCCACAACAACAGCUCUAAGCCACUCUACAUCUCUGUGGGUCACAGGGUGAGCCUGGACACAGCUGUGCACCUGGUGAAGUCGUGCUGCAGGUACCGGAUCCCGGAGCCCAUCCGACAGGCUGAUAUUCGAUCCAGGGAGUACAUCAGGCAGCAGCUGUGUGCACCACUGCAGGUCAGAGCUGCUGGGACACAGAG